AUGGCCAACUCAACAGACUCCGAUUCUUGCACGAUAAAUACUUGUCCCAUCACCGAGGCAUACGUCUACUAUGUUCCAUCACUGGCCGGAAAUGCCUUCUACUUGGCCUUCUUUGCAGUUCUCUUGAUAAUCCAAUUGGGGCUGGGUAUCCGAUACAAGACCUGGGGCUUUUUGGUCGGUUUGUUCGGGGGUCUGGUUCUCGAAAUCAUUGGAUAUGCGGGAAGGGUACAGAUGCACUACAAUCCAUUCCUUUUCAACCCAUACCUAGAAUAUCUGAUCUGCCUCACCAUUGGGCCGGCCUUUUUCAGCGCUUCGAUCUAUAUUUGCCUGGGACGAAUCGUGAUAGUCUAUGGCGAGAAGAUAUCACUCCUCCGUCCACGAACUUAUACCGUAAUUUUCGUUCUUUGCGACUUGAUUUCACUGAUCCUUCAAGCCGCAGGCGGUGCCAUCACCUCCAUCGCCGACUCUGAUCAGCAAGAUCUAGCGCAAACUGGCGUCAACAUCAUGGUAGCUGGCCUAGCAAGCCAAGUGGCUUCGCUCGCUCUGUUCAUGGCCAUGUGUCUCCAAUACGCAUGGACAGUAUGCAAAAAUCCGAACGCUCUCAAUAAGGCAGUACACGCGUGUGAACUUCGAAAUAGCAUCAGGUGGAAAGCCUUCCUUGCUGGUAAGGUUGGCUCCCUUCCUUUCAGUGACCAAGCAUUGACUAUGAGUACAGGCCUCGCGCUAGCGACCAUUGCCAUUUUUGUUCGCUCCGUAUUCCGCGUCGCAGAGCUGAAUGGUGGAUUUCACAGUGCAUUGGCAAACAACCAGGUUCUUUUCAUGGUCCUGGAAGGAACCAUGAUCGUGAUCGCCAUUAUGUGUCUGACGUUUUUGCAUCCGGGCGUCUGCUUUGAUGGCCAAUGGAACCAGACUCUGUGGACGCGGGCCCAGUCGAUUGAUGCUGAGGUGGAUCAAAUUUCUAUCAAUAUGGAAUUAGGAGGAGUCUCGAAGACUCGAUUCUAG